AUGGACGUCUCCGUCGCCGAGUCCCUCCUCACGAUGCCCCGCGCUCACGUCGUGGGGAAACUUAGCGUCCAGUUCCUCGACUCUCUCCCCUUCCCGCUCAUCAUCGUGCUCUUCUUCGCGUGCCUCAUCUUUCUCUUUCGCUGGCCCCCCUCCGUCCGCCCUCUCCUCCCGACGAACAGCAAGGCGCGUCUCGUGCCCCUCCCAAGCCCGCGCGGCGACUUUGUCUAUCUCGACAAGCCGAGCCGGCGCCUUAUCGUCUCGCCUACCCCCCUCAUUCCGCCCCUGCCCCCCAAGGAGAAGAAGGCGCGCCCAAACCAGCUCAAGCGCCUCUUGCAGAUCUACCGCCCACUCCCCUUCGUGCCCGAGCUGCCAGACGAAGCGCUCUGGGGACCAUCUUCACCUGUCUAG